AUGAGUUCUGUCCUUCCACAGUUUGAAGGGAUAUCACCUAUUGACUCUUUACUUCCAUUUCUUUACAUUCGCUUCCAACUCUACUUUCCUGUGAUAUGCAACGAUGAUAUUGUGCUUGCCCUAAACGACGGCGUGCAAAGAUUGCUGCAGCUUUCCCCGGUUCUAUCUGGUUACAUUCACCAGGAUUUGCAAAAAUCCGUGUUGGACGAGAAAAUUACCAUCCCCAACAUCGAGGAUGUCGAUAUUUCCCAGAUCUUCAGGGUCAAACGCCAUGAAAAGCCCUUUAAAGGCUUUGCACAGGGUCAGGUAUCCCCAAAUUCUCUCAUGUUUUUGGAUAUCGCCCCCGAUCCAACGAAGCCUGCGCCCGUACUAGGUAUUCAGUUGAAUAUUUUCCUUGACAGCCUUGUUUUGGCGUUUUCCGUCACUCACCGAGUGAUUGACGCAAAUGGACUGGGAACCUUGAUUCGAACUUUAGCACAUCUUUGUGAUGAUACAGGUGGUAAAACAACAAAACUCGCAACUCUUUCCGGCCCAGAGCAGGCAUAUACCAGAGCGGCACUGUCAACUAUUUAUCCCCAAGCUAUCGUUCCUAUUACGCUUCCGCAAUACGUUUUUACUAGCAUUCCGGAUCAAAGCCCAGAGACGAUGCACAAGAAUGCGACGAAACUGGCAACCUUGUGCGUUAGUCGCUAUGUUACUAUCCCAACGACAAAAAUACUCAGUCUCAAGAAGAGCUGUUUAGAUCACGCAAAACAUCCCCAUAAAUGUGCCGAUUGCGAUGACCGAAUUCCAUCCGCGGAUAUCUCUUGGCUAUCAAGCAACGACGUCGUUUCCGCUCUCUUAUGGCUAUGUAUCACUCGAGCCCGCUUUUUCACAUCUCAAACCACACAAGAACGAACCGAGGAUAAAAGCGAAAAGGUAUCGGUCUUCGGAAUGGCGGUUAAUGUUCGUCACCGCUUGUCCCCUGCCCUACCGGCUUCAUACAUGGGGAAUGGUGCGUUAAACCUGAAACUUGUCAGAGCUCUCCAGGACAUAAUACCAGGCGACGGCAAUGAAAAAGACCAUGCUGCAAUAGUGUUUCGUUUGGCAUGUCAUAUACGCCAAGAGCUCAAUACCUUCGAUAAUGACUAUGUUCGAAGCCUCCUGGCUGUCGUUCAGGCCCAUAGGUCUACCCCUAUGAGAGUCGGUGGGCAUUAUGAUGUAUGCUGCAGUAACUUACGCGGGAUUGACAAUUUAUAUGAGAGCUUUGGAUCUUCUCUCGGACGUCCAGCCCAUGUGGUAACAACGGAUGGGUAUUUUGAUGGAGGCUGCUACAUUCUGCCCAAGCGGAUAGGCAAGAACGCGCCAUGGGACAUCCAUUUGACACUGGGAGAGCAAGCUAUGGAGUGGCUAAUGCGCGAUUCUUUAUUUAAGGAGUAUUUUGAAGAUCAUCCAUUCUUGCAGGGAAAUAUUAGUGGGGCAGAUGCCCUUGACGGCUUUCUGGUGUGA